AUGCUUCAAGACUUUGAGAUGGAGAAACAAGAAUUUAAGAAGAAAAUGAAAGAUAAGGAGAUAACAUUUGAGAAACAAAUGCAAAAGGAGUUAGAGAACCUGAAGAAGUUGAGAGAUUGCACGAGCAAAGAGAUCAAAGAGUUAAAGUCAGAAAGAGAACGGUUUGAGAAAGAAAACUAUGAAGUUGUUUUAAGAAAGAAACAUCGAGAAGAAGAACCAAGAGAUGACAAUGGCGAAUGCAAGAAGCAUCGAGAGACGCUAUCAAAAUUUCAUAAGGAAAGCAAGAUUGAGAAAGACAACAAGUUAAGAAACAAGAAAGUUGAAUACGAAGAUCGUGAUACAAGAAACACAUUGUUGAGGAUUCAAGAUCAUGACAUGAUACGAAUAAAGAAAGAGAGUGACAAAGUUGACAAAGAUGAUCUAGUCGAGAUUGAAGAUAAGGAAGAAAGUAGUCAAAUCAAGAAAAAGGUUCGAGACAUACUUCGUGUUAAUAAAUCAAGACAAAGAAAAUGGAAACAACCCAAAAUUCAAAGAUAA